CACAUAUUUGUUGAAGAUAGGUGAGAGUAGAAGGACGAGCAAAGAACGGUGAACGAGUUCUUGAUCGUCAAAAUGGGAUCGCUGUUCCUAAAAUUUGUCUACAUUCUGACUGCAAUGAGCAUUGCUGCAGAUUUUAUGCAUCUCGGUAGCACUUGGUUCAACGCGGGACAACAUGACGGCGAGAUAAGUGUCCAGUCUUCCUCCCUAUUUCUCCCUGGGGCGAGUGGCGCGCCGAUUUGGCCGUGGGUAGGGAGAUAUUUGUCAAAGAGUGCAAUCAAAGCUGCUAAGAAAAGGGCCAAGAACCAAGCCAAAAAGGCCGGAAGGAGCAGAAAUAAAUCGAGAAAGAGUUCAGGGGGUGCAGAACACACCAAAAAUGCUCGGAAAAGUACCUCGAAUAAGCACCAAAAAGGACAGGCUAGAAAGAACAGGGACCGACAACGCGCCAAGGGAAAUCGUAGAGGAUAAACCAUUUAUUACUGAAUUGUUAGUUGUUGAACUUGGACUCACUUUACUCAACUUCCUCUUUGUAAUCAAGAAAAUAUUAGGCGACAUCUAACUACGGCAGGGCUCUGUGACAAACUGGUACACAUGCGUUGCUUCAAAAAAUUAGUUGUUACGAUCAUGCUUUCGAUGGAGGGGCGCCUUAUUCGAUU